AUGUCGUUCUCGCGAAAUAAUAUUGGCCCUCCUAAUGGCUCGUCAUUGCCGCAAUCCCAUGUGGGAUCAUUUAACGCCUCCCAAAAUGUGGCUUCUACCCCUGCUGCGACUCCCCCACCUAGAACUUCCCAGCAAUCAAACAUGUCGAUGAGUUUCCCAAGUAACGGGGUGUCGCGCAACUCCGUGCAAAGAGCGAGUUUUAGCGGAUAUGAUGAUAGCAAUGGAUAUGGCCAGGUGGUUUCCUUUGAAGAGUUUAAGCCGCAAAUAUAUACUGCUGUUUAUUCUAAUGUAUCGGUAUAUGAGAUGGAAGUAAAUGGGGUUGCAGUCAUGCGUCGUCGUUCGGACUCUUGGCUGAACGCGACUCAAAUUUUGAAGGUGGCUGGCGUUAUGAAAGCCAGGAGAACGAAGACCCUAGAAAAAGAAGUGGCUGCUGGUGAGCACGAGAAGGUUCAAGGCGGCUACGGAAAAUAUCAAGGGACGUGGGUCAACUACGAGAGAGGUGUAGAACUCUGUCGCCACUACCAUGUUCUCGAACUCCUGCGGCCCCUCCUUGAGUAUGACAUGGGCGUUGGCCCCGCGGGCAGAGGAGCAAUUCAAACCCCCACUAAGGAGCAGGCCAUGGCGGCGCAAAGAAAACGGCUUUACCGCACAAUGGAUGGCCAAGGAAUGAGCCAGACACCCCAGGGGACUUAUUUCCAGAACAUUUCCCGCACAGCUGCCAGUGCUGUAAAUGCGAUAAACAAGGCUCGGUUUGAUUCUCCCGUGGGAAAGGGAUCAGAUGGCCGGCGUCCAAGCAUUAAGGCUCCUUCUCAGAUGGGCAGCCAGGAGUCUCAAAUUCGGUCCGCAAGUCAACAAAGCAUGCAAAGCAUCGCAUCAGACAGUGGGUUUGGUAGCAACAUGCAAAAUAGCCAGCCUACAGGUCUUCUGGAUCAUGGCGAUGAGCCAUUGGAACCUCCUAGAAAACGUAUUCGCUCGUCACCCGCUCAGUCACGACCGUUCCAGUCCGAAAGCGCAAUGCUACCCAACAGCUCGAUGAUUGAACCCACGCCUACGGAACCGAGUAACUCAUUUUCUCAAGUGUAUCCCGAACCUACAGUGCCAGGUGGUCCAUUACGGGGUCUUCACCACCUUCCUGCCGCCACGACGCCAGACAGGUACCAGAAAAUGAAACUUAUUAUGACAUUAUUCCUGGAUAAACGCGCCAAGGAUUUUUCUAAACAUCCUGCUUUCCUCAACCUAUCUGUUGAGGAUUUGGAAAUACCUUUGGACAAGUAUUUCAAUUCUGCUUUGCAUUGGGCUGCCAUGCUCGCGCGAAUGCCUCUCGUACAUGCUCUCAUUGACAAAGGUGUUAACAUUUUCCGUUUGAAUGCGGCGGGUGAGACCGCACUGCAGAAAGCGGUAGGGACCCGGAACAACCUUGAUUACCGCAGUUUCUCCAAGCUACUUCAGGUACUAUAUCCUACCAUAGAGAUAGUCGACUACCAUGGCCGUACUGUACUUCACCACAUCGCCAUGAUGGCUGCGACCGGCGGCGGCGGGCAUGUAGCCGCAAAACAUUAUCUUGAAUCCCUCCUCGAGUUUAUUGUUCGUUAUGGCGGAACAGCUGGCAGCUCACAGGCUCCUAAUAAUGCUCCCAAUGGUUCUAAUGGCCAACAAAAGUUUGAGGUUAUAGGCCUUGGAAAGUUUAUGUCUGAGAUGGUGAACAUCCAAGAUGACCAGGGUGAUACAGUGCUGAACCUAGCUGGUCGUGCGCGAACUGUUCUGGUCCCGCAAUUGCUCGAGGUGGGCGCAAACCCGCAUAUACCGAACCACACGGGGCUCCGUCCUGCAGAUUAUGGAGUUGGUGUUGAUAUGGUCAAUGGUGGGCUCCCGGGUCAGAAUGGAGAAUCAGAAUCAUUCACCAGUCGGCUUUCCAGAACUCGAAGAGAGUUACUAGACCUAACCAUCUCCCAGGUCUCGUCUCUCAUUGAACAGUCGUUUGGAAGCAUGGACAAUGAGCUUUCGGCCGGUUUAAGCAAGAAACAGGAAGAAUUCGAACAGUGGCACAACAAAAUCCGCGAAAGUGCCAAGGCAAGGCAGAUUGAACAAAAGCAGCUAGAUGAUAUGAAACGCAGAUCCAAAGAUCGCGUCGGACUUAAUAGGCAAAUAAAGAACCUAGAGCGCUCAAUGGAAGAGCUUUCUACCCUCCUGGAGACCCUUCAAGAUGACCAGUUCAGUAGAGAGAUCUUAGAUGCUAGGAAUGCCGACAGCUCACCCGGGUUCGACAUAUCUCAGUUUAAACCGCUUUUCCCCGAGGAUUUUGACGCAUCAGUGGGUUUCUCAGAUAAACAAACUGCGUUCCUCGAGUCUCUUCCUUCUAUUGGAACGCUGACGUCCCGACUUGAGUGUUAUCACGACUUUAAUAAUGAAAUACACAGAGAAGUGGAUAGUUUGAAAUCGAAAAAUGUGGUUCUGGGUGAGAAUUAUCGACGAAUGGUCAUGGCUUGCACUGGCUGGUCUGAGGAACAGGUGGACGAAGCAGCGGGUGGUUUGACGGAGUGCAUCAAGGACUUAAACGCGAACCCUCUUCCGGAGGAUGUUGCGAUCGAGAUUUUGAUGAAAGACCGCGGUCAGGACUGGUAA